CUUCCAGGCCAGGCCGAGCCGAGCGUCGAGCUUCGAGCGUCAUCGCGUCAUCGGGCUGAGCGGGCAAGCCUGUCAAAAGGAGUGACAGCGAUCCGAAGGCCUCUCGACCACAGACUGCAGUCUUCACAGAGCACGCACGACCUUUGUACGUGACCGCAAGGGAGAGAAGAGCGCUCGCCGGACGAUUGCGGAGAUCUCCAGGAGGGAGCCUGCACAAUCAGGAACGAUAGCGCCGCCAAGCGUUCUUGAGAGCCGAGAUGACGACUGCUAUAGCUUUGCGGUCCCGCUUGAGCUCGAGACUGCCAGGAUCGACGCAUCGCAUGCAUGUACCCCAUGCGACACGGGCUUUCACACGACAUGCGAGUACGAAAUCAGGCCCUUCAGGCCCAUCACGAGGCCUGUACGCGGGCUUGGGAGCUGCAGCCUGCCUCGCUGGCUCGCUGUACAUGCUUCCAGGUACAUCCAACGAUGACCCGAAUCUGCUCGCUAGUCUCCUCGGCAGACAGAUUGCGCUAGAUGCCCGCCUCACGCCCUCGGAGCUCGAAAGAGAGGAAAGAGAGCGACCGUCUGUGCUUUGGACGCCGCCCACACGCAAAGAGAUGAUCUCUGCCCUCAAGGCAUCUUCCCUCGUUGCCGCCGCUUUGCCCGGCAAGGGCACCAAUGACGGCAAGACUCCCGCCGCGUCUCACCAGCAACAGGCACAGACGGGCGAAGAGGGCUACGAUCUGCUCAUCAUUGGCGGAGGCGCCACAGGCUCUGGAGUCGCACUAGAUGCAGCUAGCCGUGGCCUCAAGGUCGCCAUGGUCGAGCGCGACGAUUGGUCCGCGGGCACCUCUUCCAAAUCGACCAAGCUCGUCCACGGAGGCGUGCGGUACCUUCAGAAGGCCGUCUUCGAGCUCGACUACGAACAGUGGAAGCUUGUCAAGGAAGCUUUGCACGAACGCAAGACGUUCCUCGAGAUCGCGCCUUAUCUGUCAAGCCACUUGCCCAUCAUGCUCCCGAUCUACAAGUGGUGGCAAGUGCCGUAUUUCUGGUCUGGCUGCAAGCUCUACGAUCUUCUGGCCGGCCGCGAAAACAUGGAGUCAUCUUACCUCAUGAGCCGAGGCAAGGCAUUGGAGGCCUUUCCCAUGCUCAAGCAGGACGAUCUUGUGGGCGCUCUCGUUUAUUACGAUGGACAGCACAACGAUGCUCGCAUGAACAUGGCACUCGUCAUGACAGCGGUUCAUCAAGGAUGCGUUGCAGCGAAUCAUACCGAGGUCGUUUCGCUUCAUCGUCAGAAGGAUGCGAAUGGCGUCGAGAGACUGUGCGGUGCACGAUUGCGUGACAACAUCAGCAAAGAAGAGUGGGACGUCAAGGCGAAAGGAAUCAUCAACGCCACCGGACCAUUCAGCGACGGGAUACGCAAGCUUGACGAUCCUACGGUCGAGACCAUCGUCUCGCCAUCCGCCGGCGUUCACGUCACGCUUCCCAAGUACUACUCGCCCGGCAAGAUGGGCUUGAUCGAUCCCGCGACAUCUGACGGGAGAGUCAUCUUCUUCCUGCCCUGGCUCGGCAAUACGAUCGCGGGCACAACCGAUUCGCCCUCUGAGGUGGAGCAGCAUCCACUUCCGAAGGAGGAAGAAAUCCAAUGGAUCUUGGGCGAGGUCAGAAACUAUCUCUCGCCAGACAUCAAAGUCAGACGGGGCGACGUACUCUCUGCUUGGUCUGGCUUGCGGCCCCUGGUGCGCAACCCGGCUGCCAAGAACUCAGAAUCGCUCGUUCGUAACCAUAUGAUCAAUGUGUCCGACUCUGGCUUGCUCACCAUUGCCGGCGGCAAGUGGACCACCUACCGAGCCAUGGCUGAAGAGACUGUCGACGCCGCCGUGGAGGCUUUCGGACUACAAGCGUCUGUGCAGCGGCCGUGCAGAACAGAGAAGCUGAAACUGCUUGGCUCCCAUGGCUGGCAUAAGAAUCUUUACAUCCGUCUCGUACAGCAAUUCGGUCUCGAGACAGAGGUUGCCAACCAUCUGACAGACACAUAUGGCGAUCGUGCGUGGGCCGUUUGCUCGAUGGCCGAGUCAACUGGCCACCGCUGGCCUGUGCAUGGCAACCGGCUAGACCCAGCCUAUCCUUACCUCGAGGAAGAAGUGCUAUACGGCGUCCGGGUCGAAUAUGCGCAGACAGCGACAGACGUCAUUGCUCGUCGAACGCGGCUUUCGUUCCUCAACGCGCACGCAGCCCUCGAAGCUUUGCCAAGAAUCAUCGACCUGAUGGCGCCAGAGCUCGGCUGGGACAAGAAAAGGCAGCGCAAAGAGUUCGAAGUCGCCCAAAAGUUUUUGGCUUCGAUGGGUCUACCAGAGUCCGAGCUCAAGCUGAGCCUCGAGGACGUGAGAAACGGCGCUGUUGCUCGGAUGACGAACGAAGAGAAUGCGGUGACUAGCCGUAACAUGUUCUCUGUGAAUGAGCUCAGUCGACUCCGAAAGAUCUUCGAUUCGUGCGAUAGUAACGGAGACGGUCAAAUCAGCUCUACCGACAUGCGCCAGGCGCUCAACAAGAUCGGCUUCUCAAAUGUGCCCAGAGAAACGAUCGAGGAGAUUAUCAGCGAAGUACACUUUGGAAGCAAAGGAGCUGUUGAGCUUUCCGAGUUCCUCGACGCAGUCUCAGGCAUCAAAGAACUGAGUGCAGAGAACGCGUUCAACAACUUCCUCGGCGCGUUCGGCGAUGCAGAGUCUAGCACAGAUCAGGCUGCGCUCGGUCAGUCUGCCCAAGAGACUAGCAACAGGUCAUGGUUUCGCCGCCGGAUACCUGUUGAGAAAUCGGGCGGCGGCGUGUAGCUUACGAGCAUGUGCAGCUUUCUCACAGCGUUGUGACACAGAUGUAUAUAUUGACACAACAACUUUCUCUGCUUUGUCAGCUAGGAUCUCUUCAUUCGCAGGCAUCUUGCCGGCAGAAGGGGCAGGACUUCUCCAAGCGUAGCCAAUGAUCGAGACAAGGCUCGUGCAGUGCAUGGGAGCAGGCCAUGUGAAGCAGCACAUCUGUCGGCUUGUAUUCCUCCAGACAGAUUGAGCAGCGAGUCUCGCUGGGUAGCUUGACAUCUGGCAUGCCGGAAAUGAUCUCAGAAUAUGUAAAUUUCGGCAAGGCGUUGAUGCGUCGCGAUGAGUAGCCCUUCAGCAAUGGUGUCACUUGAUCGACGCGAU